GUAAAUUCUUUUAUUUUAAGGAGUUGUAUUUGUUAGAUACAAGUUUUCAUGAUGUUAUAAUAAUAGCGCAAUGCUUUAACCGAAGGCAAACAAAAGCUAAAAUGUGGGCGUUGCGAAAUUAACUAAAAAUUAUAAACAGAUAUUGUUAUCUUAAAAGGGCUCAGAAUGUCGAUGCGAGGAGUGGUGCGAUGAAAUUAGGACCGCUACCAUGUGAUAUUGAAAACAUCCAAUUAUCAUGAACCUGUGAAUCUGAUCAGAAUCCGGAAAAAUGCUAGACAAAGUGACGAUGACUUCACGCGGGGCAAGGGGCAAUUUUAGUCAUAUUUAUAAGAAUUUAAUCACAUUUAUAUUAAUAUGUUUACCCUGCAAGUUUUGCCAAGCAGAGAAGAUGUAUGUAGACGUGAAGACUUUGGACCUGCUUGUGGAUGAGACGCGCCUCUUCAAGUUCAUACAGAUCGGUGAAUACAACGAGACCCUCUCAGUGACAGCCCAAAUACAACACCCAGAUAUAGUACAAUUUGUGCCUUCGACGAUUAAUAUUCCGGCAGUGGAACAGCCGAAUACAACAGCGGAAUUGACUUACGAUAUAUGUGCGUAUGGAAGGAGUCCUGGCCAUUCCGAAGUUACGUUCUCAGCGUCGCCUACUGAUGUGGUUAAAUUGGAUUCACUAUUCAUGAGAAUAACAGUGAUGCAUUCGAAAGCGAUUUAUGUGAUUUCCUAUAUAAUGGGAUGGAUAUACUUCGUGGCGUGGUCCGUGUCGUUCUACCCUCAAAUAUACAUAAAUUUCAAAAGGAAGAGUGUGGUCGGACUCAAUUUCGAUUUCUUGGCGUUAAAUGUGAUGGGAUUCACUAUGUAUUCGCUUUUCAACUGUGGACUGUUCUUUUCAAAGGAAAUUCAGGCGGAAUACUUCAGUCGUCAUCCCCGCGGUUUAAAUCCUGUACAAUUGAAUGAUGUGUUCUUUUCGCUACACGCUGUAUUUGCCACUAUCAUUACUAUUAUACAGUGCGCUAUAUAUGAGCGCGAAGACCAACGUGUAUCUAUGACAGGGCGUGGCAUAUUGACAGUGUUUGGGGGCGUGGUCAUAGUAACGGCUAGUCUUGCUGGCGCCAGUAUCUUGGAGUGGCUCGACUUUUUGUACUACUGCAGUUAUAUUAAACUGAGUAUUACUCUCAUCAAAUAUAUACCGCAGGCAUACAUGAACUACAAGCGUAAAUCCACAGUGGGCUGGAGUAUUGGGAAUAUCUUUUUGGACUUCGUCGGAGGGUUCCUGUCAAUUCUUCAAAUGACGUUGAACGCGUACAAUUACAACGAUUGGGUGUCGUUCUUCGGCGACGCGACUAAGUUCGGCCUCGGCCUUUUCAGUUUGGUCUUCGACAUAUUCUUCAUAUUGCAGCACUAUGUGUUUUACAGAGAGCACAGUGAUUAUAUUAACGUGAAAAUUGAAGAUGAAUUGACUUAUUUGAUGGACAAUCGUUACUACAGUGGUGAUGAAGCAUUUUUGGUUAACUUUUGGAAUGGCGACGAAAAGAAGUACAACAUGGACGUCAAGGUGUAAAUUCGCAUUUGAACGUUGUGUUAAGAGAUUUACGACUGCCUAAAUCUAGUUUGAUAGCUAUUCUAUAAGAUUUCAAUUAUAGAAUAGUUAAUAGACGUAUGCAAUUUUGGAAUUUGAAAAAAAUAUAUAAUUUUGAAAAUUUUGUCAACGAGGGUAUAAAAAUAUUAAUUGGCAGCUACCCGCAAUUUUUAGCAAAAACUUAGAAUUAAAUACUCGAAAUGUUAUGGAGAUCUUUAAGGUGAUAGUAUUAUUUUUUUGAAGUUUAUUUUUGUUUUCAUAAAUUCUUUACAAUAAGUGUUCUUAUUUUUCUGAGGCAAUACUAAAUUAUCUUUUCAUAUAAAGCGCCUAGUAAAAUACUUGUCAUAUACUCUUCUAUAUAUAAUAUAAUAAUCAUAUUAGGAUUGUAAAACAAUUCUACGAAAAGAAAAUCCCAUAUAUUUUUUAAAUGUAUAAUUUAAUUGAAAUGCGUUUAAUUAUUACAGUCGGUGAUGUUAUAACAUUUCUGAGAAAAAAUUUAGACUGGUAUGGUGGAAAAAUGGAUUUAUAAUUUUAAAUUCACAAUUGUAAUGCUUAAACCAGUUUUAAUCCGGUAAAGGGUAUUUCGCACAUACAAAAAAAUAGAUACAGACAAUAUAAAUUCAAUUUCAUCUGUUAUCUAUGAAAAGUGUUAAAAAAAAUUGAAAUGUUAUGAAUUGUUAAGUCUUCCUAAGGUACCUGAAGUUUAUUUAUGAAAUAUUCUGUGAUGAACACAUUUUAUAUUAAAAUGUGUAUAAACUAUUUGCAUUUUGAUUUCUUCUAUCAUUAUUAUUGUAAAGUUUUGUGAGAACAAUAAAUAAGUAUUUGUUU